AUGAUGGCGUCAAGAAAAAUUUCUCAAUGGCUUUUAUUUAUGAUUAUUACACAAGUAAUCGCAGAAGAUACACGAUCAGUAGAAAUAUCUUUAAUACCUGAUUCUAAAUUUCAAUGUGCCAAUACAACGUGUUUACCAUUCAUUACCCUUGUUACAUCCAAUAUUAGGAAUUGUCAAGUCGCGUGUUUAACUCAAAGUCAAUGCAGUGCAGCCACUUUUCAUCGAUCAAUUUCUAAUUGUGAAUUAUUUGCUGAUAUGUUGAACCAAAAUGUAAAUAUGUUGGCUGAUGUUGAUGCUAUUAGUAUGAACGUUAUUAGUGGCACCCGAUUUCCACCCGAACCAACCACGACAUCAACAUCAACAACAACAUCUUCAACAUCAUCAACAACGUCAUCCUCAACAUCAUUAACCACAACAUCCACAACGACAUCGACAACAACAUCAACAACUUCAACAUCCACUACAUCAUCCUCAACAUCAUCAACAACAACAUCCACAACGACAUCAACAACUUCAACAUCCACUACAUCAUCCUCAACAUCAUUAACUUCAACAACAACAACAUCAUCAACAACAACAACAUCAUCAACAACAACAUCAUCAACAACAACAACAUCAUCAACAACAACAGCAAUACCGAAAUGGACAAUCACAGGAAGCAUGAGCAUCGCACGAUCAUAUCAUACAACAUCCACAUUAGCAAAUGGAUCAGUAUUAGUUGCCGGUGGAUCUAACGGUACUAUUCUCAAUAGUGUUGAAUUGUACAAUCCAGCAACAGGCACUUGGACAACCACAGGAAGCAUGAAUGUUGCGCGACAAUAUCACACAGCAACCACAUUAGCAAAUGGAUCAGUAUUAGUUGCUGGUGGAUACAACGGUGUUUAUCUGAAUAGUGCUGAAUUGUACAAUCCAUCAAUAGGUACUUGGACAACUACAGCAAAUAUGAGUGUUCCACGACAAGAUCACACAGCAUUCACAUUAGCAACUGGAUUAGUAUUAGUUACAGGUGGAUACAACCUUGGUGUUUAUCUGAAUAGUGCUGCAUUGUACAAUCUAUCAACAGGCACUUGGACAACCACAGGAAGCAUGAGUGUUGCACGACAAUGGCACACAGCAUCCAUAUUAGCAAAUGGAUCAGUGUUAGUUGCUGGCGGGCAGAACAGCAGUGGUGUUUAUCUGAAUAGUGCUGAACUGUACAAUCCAUCAACAGGUACCUGGACAAUUACAGGAAGCAUGAGUGUCGGACGAAUUCUUCAUGCAGCAUCUACAUUAGCAAAUGGAUCAGUCUUAGUUGCUGGUGGACAGUACAAUACUAAUCCUACUAAUAGUGCUGAAUUGUACAAUCCAUCGACAGGCACUUGGACAAGCACAGCAAACAUGAGUACCGCCCGAUAUGAUCACACAGCAUCCAUUUUAGCAAAUGGAAAAGUAUUAGUUACUGGUGGUAUGGGUAAUACUUAUCUCAGAAGUGCUGAGCUUUAUUAA